UUAGGUUAAAUUAUACAAAAUGUCCUUAAAUUUUAUACUUUGUGUCAAAAAUAUCUUUGAAUUUUCAAAAGUUUAAGAAAUACCAUUAAACUUUAAAAAAGAGUUCAAAAAUACUCUUACCGUUAUAGUUUUGGAUAGAAACCGUUAGUGUUUUGUUCAAAAAAUACCCUUAUUGUUUAUAUAUGAACAAAAACCAUUAGUAACUCAUUGCAUAAAUACCUAUAAGCUUUCAAAAGUUGCAUUAGUACAUUUUUACUUAAAAAAUAAAUAAGUAAAUAAAAGUUAAAAAUGCUCUUACUGUUGAUCUACCCUACCGUUAGACUAGUUGAGUGUGUGUUAAUAACCAAAUACGUUCUUUUGUGUUUGACUAUUUAUAGUUUUGGUAAGUUUAUGGGGGAGAUUAUUUUUAUUUUGGAUCAUGUCGGAUUUUAUGCUUUAACUUGAAGUUAUGGUUUAUAUUUUGUUGUGACAAAACUAGUGUAAAAAUUAGACAAAUGAGAGCAAAAUAAGAGUAUCUAUAUGUAUAUGUAAAGAAACACUACAAGAAUUUUGGGCUUUAAUGUCGGUUGAAAAAAGUGAAAUCAGAUGUAUAAUGUCGGUUUUGUUUUUUUUUUUUUUAAUGGAUCUUUAAUGUCGGUUUUAAACCGACAUUGUAGGGGUACCUUUAAUGUUGGUUUUAAACCGACAUUAAAGACCCGCUUCACUUUUUCUCUAACUUUCCAUUCCCCACCCCCCCCCUCCCCCAUUUUUUUUUCAUUUCCCUCUUCACUCUCCCUCUAUUUUCUUUUUCCUCUCAUUCUCACACUUCCUUCUUCAGACCUUUCCUUUCUUACUCCUCUCUUUAAAACCAUUGCCAUUCGUCCGUCGAUCGUGGGUGAAGAGUCUUUCGUGGUGUAGAUCUAGCCUUCGUGCAGGUCUGUUCGUCGUGCAACCCACGUCGCCGCACUCAAUCACUCGAAUCUACUGGUCGUUUCGUCGGAUCUGCUGCUUAUUUCGUCGUCGUUCGCGUGUCUUUGCCGGAUCUGUUGUUCGUUUCGUCGUCGUUCGCGUGUCUUUGUCGGAUCUGCUGCUUGUUCUGUCGUUGUUCGCGUGUCUCCACCAGAUCUGUUACUCAUUUUGUUGGAUAUGCGUGUCUCCGUUGAAGCGCCAUAGCCACGCUUGUAAUGAAGAGUCUGGCCAUACUCUUGAAGAUGCAAUGAUGCCUAGAGAAAUGUUUCUAUUGCAACUUUGUAGUGGAAUGGAUGAAAACGCUAUUGGCACUUGUGCUGAACUAAUCUUUUCUCCAACUGAUGCCUCCGUCAUCGUUUGCGUGUCUCUGCCGCACGCACCGCCAGUUGCAAGCCAACAAAUUGGGACUUCCACCAAGCCUUCGACACUCACACCAUUAACGGCAAACCAGGCCCUCUCUUCCCCUACUCUGAUAAACGUGUUUGGAAGGGGUGGGGAGAAGAUGGCUUUCUUGCAACAACAAGGGAUUCACGUAAAAAUUGUUCCUGAUAAGUGCCUUUUUGAAUACUUGCAGUUUUAGGCACAGUUUCUAAGUGUCUUCAAGUGACUCUAAUGAUAUGGCAAUUCCUGUUUGAGAAGUUAUAGUGUGUUUAUUUCUCUUUGGACCAUAUUGGAUUAGAAUGUAACACCCGUUUAUGACUCAUGGGUACUAUUUAUUUGUAGUUUAGAUUUGAUUCAAGGUGCUUGAGUUUGUGGGUGGCACUAUGGUAGUUUGUGGGUUAUUCAUGCACUAUGAUAGUUUUUGUGACAACAUUUGAGAUUUGAAGUACAGUGUGAGCUAAAUUUUCUUAUUGAUGUAUGUGUUCUUGAAUAUUCAUUUUUUGGGAAUUCUGAUAGUUUUGUUGAGAACAAGUGGUUGUGAAAUAUUUUUGGGAGUGUUUCUUUGAACAGGUUGAAGGUAAAUUUUUGGUUUUAUUGUGGUAGCAUCGUUAUGCUGCCGAAAAUUUUUCAUCGUCUUCGUAUCUCAUAUCUAGGUAGCCAAGCUUCUCUUCUUCAAGAUCUUGAAAAGAAGAUUCUCUCGUUUAUUCAACUAUUGAGUUUUCUUGUUUUGCAGGUGCAACAAAGGAGUAAA